AUGACAAAAGAACAAAGAAUUUUUGUCCUCAAACAUUGGUGGAUAUCAGAAAAAAUAUUGCCAACAGUAAAUACAGCUUUUCGAAAUGGAUUUCCUGAUGAUAAAAUUCCUACUCGACAAGCAGUUUAUCAACUAGCAAAAAAAUUUGCUGAAACAGGUUCUGUUGACGCUACAACACAAAGUGGAAGACCAGCAAUGACCAACACAGAAGAAAAUGUUUUGUCAUCAUCAUUAGCCGGUUUAGCUAUCGGAGCAACAAUCAUCUAUCGUCAUCCAGAUUAUUUCUUGCGGGUGGCACAAGCGAAUAUGCCAGGACUUGAUCGAUUAUUGGCUAUUGUUUGCACUACAACGUAUGUCAUCGGAAAGAUUACAUCGACAAAUUUUCAUGCAGUUUACCGAAAUUGGCGAGAUUAUGUUCGUUCUAUUAUGGUCAAAUAUUUACCAAAUUAUAUUGACAGUUCCAUUACUGAUACAUCGGAAACAGAUAUUGUUACAGUGAUCAAAAGUUCAAUAUAUAAAAUAGAUAUAUACGAAAAUGUUUGGCAUAAACCUGAAGAACUAAAUAUGAUCAAAGAAUCAAUUCAAAGUCAGUUGGAACAUUUAGAAAAGUUAAAACAAGGCCGAUCUCCGCAAGAAGAUUAUUUUCACUUGUACGUUACCUCAAAUCUUUUUUAA